AUGCCCGUCAAGCGCGUCGCAGUCGUCGGCGCCGGCCCCUCGGGCGCCAUCGCAGUAGACGCCCUGGCACAGGAGAAGGCGUUCGAUGUGAUCAGGGUGUUCGAGCGCCGCGAAGGCCCGGGCGGCUGCUGGAUUGGCGACACGAAGCCCCCGCCGCCCCUGACCAACCUCGCGGCUCUGGCCCGGCGCGAGGGUGACCCGCCCGUGCCCAUCCCGGAGACGCUCCCGGCCAAGACCCUCAGGCCGGCCCAGCCGCGGUUUGCCGAGUCGUCAAUCUACCCGUACCUCGAGACCAACGUCGACGACGUGGCCAUGAGCUACACGGGCGGCAGCGCCGAGGACAUCCCCGCCGAGCGCAGCGAGUGGUCCGUCAGCAGGCACGGCGCCGACACACCGUUCCGGCACUGGAGGGUUCUAAGGCGCUACGUCGAGGGCCUAUGGGCGCGCAACGGCUACGCAGGGCUCGUCUCCUAUGACACCGCCGUCGAGAGGGCUGUUAAGGUCGGUGGGGAGUGGGAGGUCACGCUGCGGCGGGAGGGCGAGGACGGCAAGGACGAGUGGUGGGUUGAGAAGUUCGGUGCUGUCGUCGUGGCGUCCGGGCAUUUCAAUGUGCCGUGGGUGCCUGCCAUCGAAGGGCUGGAGGAAUUCGAGUCGUCGCGCCCCGGGAGCGUGCUCCACAGCAAGAUGUACAGGGGGCGCGACGACUUCAGAGGCAAGCGAGUGGUGGUGGUAGGCGCCUCCGUAUCAGGCGCAGACAUCGCAUACGACCUGGCAUCGGGCAAAGCCACGAAGGACGUUCACGCCGUCGUGAUCGGCCACAACUUCAACACGUACUUUGGCGACGAGGCCUUCAACCACCCGCGGAUAAAGAAGCAGCCCUCGAUAUCGCGCGUCGACGCCGGCACCCGGACGGUCCACCUCGUGGACGGCACCGCCAUCCCGGACGUCGACCACCUCAUCUUCGGCACGGGCUACAGCUGGAGCCUGCCCUUCCUCCCGCAGGUGCCCACGCGCAACAACCGAGUCCCUGGGCUGUACCAGCAUGUCGUCUGGCAGCAGGACCCGACGCUGCUGUUCGUCGGUGCUGUUGGGGCCGGGCUGACGUUCAAGAUCUUUGAGUGGCAGGCUGUCUACGCCGCACGCCUGCUCGCGGGUAGGGGGACGUUGCCCAGCGUUGAGGAGAUGCGCGCGUGGGAGGCCAGGAGGGUGGAGGAGAAGGGUGAUGGGCCCAAGUUCCUGAUGGUCUACCCUGACUUUGAGGAGUACUUUGAAAAGGUGCGGGAGCUCGCUGGGGAGCCAGUUGAUGGGGUGGGCAGGGAGCUGCCAAAAUAUGACAGGAGGUGGUUCCAGCUGUUCAUGGAUGGCCAUGAGCUGAGGAAGGCCAUGUGGAAGAGGCUCAAUCAGCAGGCAAGGGCUGAGCUUGAGGCCGGUGGUGAUGGUGCUGCAGUGGAGAGUCGUUUGUGA